AUGACAUAUCAUCCACAGAAGAAUAACCAAGAUGAAUUAUCUAAUCGCGAGAUUAAGCAGAUCUUAGAGAAAGUAGUGAACCUAAGGCAGAAGAAUUGGUCACCGAAGUUAGAUGAGGCACUCUGGGCAUAUAGAACAACUUGCAAGCCUCCUCUAGGCAUAUCACCCUUUAAUUUGGUGUAUGGGAAGGCCUGUUACCUCUCUUUCAAGUUAGAACAUAAAGUGUAUUGCGCCAUUAAGAGGUUAAAUUUUGAUGCUCAUUUAGAUGAGGAGCAAAGAUUGCUGGAACUCAAUGACAUGGAAGAGUUUAGAGCACAAGCAUAUGAGAAGGCCAUGAUAUACAAGGAAAAGACUAAAAAGUGGCACAACUAA